UUGAGAGUAGCUCGCAGUGCUGUAUGUCAGCCCAUAGAGGACACACCUCCCCUGUUUUAAUGAUCGUCCAAUCAUCCACUGCUCGUAGGCUAGUCCCACUACAGAGCCACAGUAUGGAGAGACCGAGACAGAGGUGGACGCGUUGUGUCUUAACAGAGAGAGCUGAGCCGCUUAGUGCGCACUGACAGAGGAAUUAAAAAAAGAAUCCCAGAGCACAGAGACAAAGUUUUGUGGGACGCGUAUCUCUCGGCGCGGUUUUCUUUUUCACUGAACGUCAUCCUGGUCCAUGGGUUCAAGUUCCACAUAGGAGUAGGCUACAAGUUUCCAAUGGACAGAUACACGGAGACGGCUGGCGCAACAAGCAUGGGAUUAUUUUUGUAAUGUGGAUUGCCAUUCCAUUGCAAAAAAAUAAAGGUCUGCUGCGGAACAAUGUGAGACGUUUUGCGUCUUGGAUUCUCGUGUUUCUGGAUAUCUUGAAAAUCAUUGGCAACAGUUGAGAAGGAAGACGUUAUGCGCAAAGGAUUGUAUGCUGCGACCCCGGGACCAACAUGGAUUUGCCAUUACAACCCCCUGCCCCUUAUUUAGAGAAGUUGUAGCCGGUCCACUUGUGUUGUUGUACGUGUGUUUUGAGAACAAAUUGCCACAUUGGCCUCUUGGAUUUUAACACGUCGCCUGCCUUUGGAUUGGAUUUCCAACACCAUGAACUUUAUUGACAGUUUGACACUAAUAUUUUUGACGCUGUCAGCUGUCAAGAGUGCCCACAUACCGAAGCCAACAGAAAGAGGUCCACAUGACGUGAUCCCUUUAAUGGAGGUGUACAACAAGAGUUUGUGUCAGCCUCGGGAGCUGCUGGUGGAGAUUUUGCAGGAGUAUCCGGAGGAGGUGGAGCACAUCUUUAUCCCGUCCUGCGUGGUGUUGACACGCUGCGCCGGCUGCUGCAAUGAUGAGAUGCUGCAGUGCAUGCCCACAUCCAGCUAUAACAUUACAAUGGAGAUUAAAAGAAUAAAACCCCAAAGGCAACAAAAUGAUAUUUUCAUGAGUUUUACUGAACACAGCGCAUGUGAGUGUAGGUUAAAGAAAGAAGUGAAAGAACAGAAAGAAAAAAAAUCCCGAAAAGGCAAGGGUAAAGGCCUAAAGAGAAAACGAAAGAAAAACCGUGACAAAACAAUUCACGAUGCUGUUUGUGAGCCAUGCUGUGAUCACUGCUCAGAGAGGCGAAAACGUUUGUUCGUGCAGGAUCCUGCAACCUGCCGGUGCUCCUGCAAACACACAGAUGAAUACUGUAAAGAACGCCAGCUAGAGCUCAACGAGAGGACCUGCAAAUGUGACAAGCCGAGAAGAUGAAAGAGGUGGGAGCACCAGAUGUACAAAAUGAAGGAAUAUUCUAGAGAUAUUUCAGAGCACAGCACUUUGGCCGUUGAACCGUAAGCUCUUCUUUUCUGUGGAAAGCAUUCCCCUUGGACUGACUGAGAGAACAAAAAAGAAAGACAGAACUGAAGUUUCCUCCCACUGCAAUCUGUGUGUAUAUAGACCAUGUUAAAAGAAAAAAAGAGUACAGAAUUGUUAUGCUGCUACAGAAACAAAUAACUAAAUCCGUCAAUAGCCGCCAUGUGGUUUUGCAUAUCUAACAGGCUUGUGAUGCAGGUGUAGUCUUGUUGUCAAUUCCUUGUAUGCAAUUACUUCACUGGAUAUGAGUCUACUGUGGUUGUGUGUCAAUCAUAAAUUUCAAAACCUCUCAAUCUAAGAUAUAUUUAACUGCUAAAACAGCAAGUGAGGCUGAAGAGGACAAGGGAGCAUUUAAAAAAUGAUGGAUGGGUUUUCGUCUGUCAGUGUCUACUUUUGCUUUUGGAGUACAGCAGGACAAGCGGGACAGCUGAUGGACAUCUUGAAACCUUCUCUACACGAUAUCACUUCCUCUCCUGUGAGGACAUUGCAGGACUGACGUGGACUUACACAAUGUCUCCAUUGUGAUCAGCCUGCAGGAGAAGAGACUCUGGAGUGCCAUAUACUUUUAAAGGGAUACUGGUUGUCAAUAUAGCAUCUAAUAUUUUGCUAUGCCCUACAUGAAAACCACUGAAAACAUCCAAUACUGUAGUUUGAUUCCAUUUGAGAAACUGUGCCUCACAAAAUGUACUGAGAAAUCUUUCGACUGCUUUUUAAAUUAUUUUUGUUUCCUUUUUCAGGAGAGGGGAUUGUCAAAGUAGUUGAACUCAAUACAGAAUCUAUUGAUUACAUAUCUUCUUAUCUGAACCUGUACAUGUACUUGUACUUAAUAUGCCUAAUAGUCCAUUCUAGAUAAUUUAUAAUGUUAUAGAGUAUUUUCAGUAUUCAGUCUUCUACCCAUAUUUAAUUUGGUCUAUUUAUAUAUGCAGUGUUAUGUAUCUGUAGCUCAGCAGAGCAGAGACCCUCUGUGCUUUUCUACGACUCAAACAGAACAAAAAGAAAAAUCAAAAAUGAUUUGUUAACAUUCCCUAAAUGGAUCAUUUGUACUGGUGUGCUGAUGACAUCACCUCUGAAUUUUUCAUCCCCUCUUAUCUAAGGAUGUGGGUGCUGUGUAGAAUUUGUGUGUAUCUGUGUGUUUGUGUACAUGUGUGUAUGAGUGUGUGUUGCACGUGCAUUUGCCGGUGUGCACAUCUGUGUGCAAGUGUUAGUAAGUUGUAUUUAAGUAUUUAAAUAAGUAGUGGACCUGUGUUUUGUCCGUCCUCAAGAUGCAAAUACAAAUAAAUUACUGCUAGCAGCUCAGCAUACACUACCACAAUACCACUGUUUUAAAUUUGGAUAACAAUUUUCAUCCUUUCUGCCAUCAGUCAUAGAGCCCUCAUUAUUAGUUAUUUUUGUCUCUACUUCACUAUUAACAUGUUUUCUGUGUCUAUGUAAAACAGUAAACAUAUUUAUUUUCAAAUUAUAUUGUUUUUAUAUAAAAUAAGAAAAAGGUU